AUGGACCCUAAGCUAACCGAACAUUUAAUACGGAGAAGGUUGAUUCUAGAAAAUUAUUCGGAGUCUUCCGAAAGAGAGGAAAAAAAUUUAAAUAACAAUAGUAAUUUUGAAAUAUCUUCAGCACCAGUUAAGGGUAUAAUACCAUCAAUUGAUAUAAAAAAUAAUUUUUUAGAAAAAUUAAAAAAAUUUGAAUCGUUUAGUGAUAAUCAAAAUACAAAGGUAACACAUCAAAACAUUGUAGAAAAACAUCAAAAUGAAAUUGCAAUUAUAAACAAAUUUAAUCAAAUUAAAGAGCCAAUAUUGAAGAAACCAAUAAUAACAAAUAAUCUUCAAUUUGACAAUUCGAAUGACUCAAUUAAUGAUAGAAAACAAAAACAAGACAAUUUUCAUGAAAAAAUAAAACAAUUUGAAUUGUCUUUUGUACCACAAAAUAAAAUUCAAAAAUUCAAUAAAACUAAUGAGAAGAAACAUCAACAAACAAAAAAUACGUUGGCCAAACAAUUGAAAACGAAAUUCAGCAGUAAAUCUGAUUAUAAUAAUUGGGAACUUGAUAAAACAUGGGUAUUCCAUAAGGACGAUACAAAUUUAAAUAAUACGAAAAAUCAAUUGAAAAGUAAACCACAAAGAGAGAAAAAAAAGAAAACCGAAAUCGUUCACAACACCACAAAAAUAUUUUCCUCGAAUUAA